AUGUUGAGCGAUGAUGAUAAAGAUUUAGACGACCUAAAUGUAUUUCUCAACGCCAUUGGCGAAGAACCCAACAACGAAGCUCCGGUUAGAAUCUCCACGUCUUUCAACGACACCGACUUCUUCAACUUAGACGAUGAAGGAGGAGAUUCGCAUUACCCGUUUCAACAUUUCGAUUCGAAUCAACCCGAAAGUCCAAUCUUUGAAUCUCCCAAAGUUUAUGUCGCACCAAGGGUGAUGAUAAGCCAUCAAGACUCGUUUUCAAUAGAUUCAAGAAUCGAUGGAAUCGAAGACGCAAGAAUAUUACCGAUUUCGCCUCGUUUAAGAGUUCCUUCUUCUCCUCGAGCUUUUGUGUAUCAGAGAUCUGUGGAAUCGCCUCGUUUUGAAUCUCCCGUUGGAUUGAUUGAUACAGCUUCACCUUUCGAAUCCGUGAAGGAAGCAGUUUCAAAGUUCGGAGGGAUUACAGAUUGGAAAGCUCAUAAGAUUCAGUCAAUAGAGAGAAGGAAGCUGGUUGAUGAAGAGCUUGAGAAGGUACUAGAAGCAAUCCCUGACUAUAAGCAAGAAGCUGAGUUAGCUGAAGAGGCGAAACAAGACGCGUUGAAGGAGCUAGAGACCACAAAGGAGCUCAUGGAGGAGCUAAAGCUCGAGCUAGAGAAAGCGCAAAAGGAAGAGCAACAAGCGAAACAGGACUCGGAGCUCGCACAGAUGCGUGUAGAGGAGAUGGAGCAAGGUGUAGCUAAUGAGGCGAGUGUUGCCGUCAAAGCGCAGCUCGAGGUAGCUAAAGCGAGACAAGACACAGCGACUUGUGAGCUUAAGUCCGUUAGAGAAGAGAUUGAAAUGGUUUGUAAUGAAUAUGAAGAGAUGUUGAGGGAGAAAGAUCUAGCUAAGGAGAAAGCUGAAGUUGCUGUAAUGGAAGCUAAAGAGAUUGAGAGGAAGAUGGACCGUUUGAGUAUAGAGAUGAUUGCUACUAAAGAGCCGUUGGAAUCAGCGCACACGGCUCAUCUCGAAGCAGAAGAGAAGAGGUUCGGUGCAGCGAUGGCUCGGGACCAAGACAUUUACAAUUGGGAAAAGGAACUGAAGAUGGUUGAAGAUGAUAUCGAGAGGCUUAACCAAGAAACUCGUGUGGCUGAUGAUGUGAGAGCUAAGCUAGAGACUGCUUCUUGUCUUAAGUAUGAUUUGAGAGCUGAAUUAGCAGCUUUCGCGGGUACUGCCUUAAGCUGUAGUCCGUUGAUGGAGAAAAAGAGCAAUGAUGACAUAAAUGCAGCGGUUGAUUCUGCGAAGAGAGAGCUCGAACAGGUCAAAUCCAACAUCCAAAAAGCGGCUUCCGAGGUGAAAACAUUGAAGAUAAUCGCCGGAUCAUUAGAGUCAGAGCUUGGAAGAGAGAAGAAGGAUCUAGAGGAAACUAAGCAGAGAGGAAGCGUGAGGGAUAAAGAUGAAACAAGAGAGGAGUUGGUGGAAGAAACAGCCAAGAAGUUGGAGGAGGCGGCGAAAGAGGCAGAGGAAGCAAAGCUCUACGCGGCAGCUGCUAGAGACGAGCUUAGAAUGGCGAAGGAACUGUCAGAGCAAGCGAAAACCGGAAUGUCUACGAUAGAGAGUAGAUUAAUCGAGGCCAAGAAGGAAAUGGAAGCUGCUAGAGCUUCAGAGAAGUUGGCAUUGGCUGCUAUUAAAGCUUUGCAAGAAACUGAAUGUACUCAGAGGUUUGAAGAGAUUAAUGAUUCACCAAGAAACAUCAUAAUCUCUGUAGAGGAAUACUACGAGCUAAGCAAGAAGGCGCAGGAGUCAGAGGAGGAGGCGAACACAAGGCUAUCACAGAUUGUUUCUCAAAUAGAGGUGGCUAAAGAUGAAGAGUCAAGAAUCUUGGAGAAACUAGAGGAAGUGAAUAGAGAGAUGGGAGUACGAAAGGAAGAGCUAAAAGCGGCUAUGGGAAAAGCCGAAAAGGCUAGAGAUGGGAAGUUGGAUAUGGAGCAAGAGUUGAGAAAGUGGAGGUCGGAGAAUGGGAAGAGGAGAACAGAAGAAGGUAGGGAGCCUGAGAAGAGCCCGGCGAGGUCAGGCACCGCGGGGAGACACAAGGAGAACGGAUAUGGACAGUCGAAAUCGUUUGCAUUUGGUGAACAAGGGAGCGGAAGCAGCAACAUUGGAGGAGGCAAUAAUGUGACACCUGAAACAAAGAAGAAGAAGAAGAAGCUUUCUUUGUUCCCAAAGGUUUUCAUGUUCUUGUCAAGAAAGAAGUCUCACUCUCACAAGUGA